UGGAGGUAUUCGACAGAGUCGACCAUCUCAAUAUAAUGGAGAACACGGUCCACCAACUGCAGAUUACGAAGACGGCCGUCGAUGAAGUCUGCGAAUAAAGGAAAUGGACUUUCAAGUAUCCUUCAGGACUACUCCAGCAUGUCAAACCAUCAUGGGAGCCUGACGGAGGGGGCCACAACAAACAAAAGGCUUUCUGCAAGUACCAGGGACUUCCAGGUCUACUUCAUAACUUCUUCAGCAAAUGCACCAUGGGAUCGUCAUCAUCAACUCCAGGAAGGACAUCAGCCAUCGUGGGACCAUCUUCGUGAAGAUAGAAGGGACUUCAAGUCUACAGCAGGACGGCUCCAACACAUCAGGGACACCAGCCGCCGUGGGAUCACCAUCGGGGGGACCGUUUUUAACGGGUGCGAAUCCCUCCCAAUGGUAAGGGCCACCUUCCAAUGGCUGGAACCGUCUUCCAACGGUAAGAGGUCCCUUCCAACAUCGAGGAUCGCCACUCAUAGGUAAGACUUAUCCCUCUGCGAAUAGGAACACCUUCAAGUUGCUUGAAGGUGAUCCUAUCCGCGGGAGAUUCGGUACUUGUACCGCAUCUUCUGCCGAUAGGAUCAUUUUUAAGCAAUUUGAAAGUGAUUCCCGUUUGCAUAGGUAUAAGUCCAGCCUCUGAAUGGUGAUCCAAGAAGUUGUAAGGAACUUCUUACUUCUUGGAAGAUAGUUCCUGGUCAUUGGAGGAUGGCUGUUACUACUUGGGAGGGCAUUCAAUCCUGCUAAAAAUGGUCCCGUGCGCGAACAGGGGACCCGCGUCCCCCACCGGCGUUUAAUAACAAAAACGUUCGAUGUAGGGAUGCACCAUUAAAAAAAUUAAAAUAAAAUUGCAUUUUUUA